UGGAUAAUCUCUCUCUCUCUCUCUCUCUCUCUCUCUCCCUCCCCUCUUCAAGCCACAAAAAUGGACAAGAUUUUUGAUCUUCUACUCAUAUCAACACUCUCUCUUUACCUUCUAUCUCUCCCCUCAGUUUCAUCAUCAUGCCCUUUGAAUCUAGACUAUGUCCUCUCAAUCCCAUGGGACUCCUCUGCCUGCAACCAAACAGUCUCUCCCCCCACCACCACAUGUUGCCAAACACUCAUCAGCCUCUAUGGUGUUGCCAUGUCGCAAUACCUCAGAGACACCUCUCUCUUCAGGCUUCCAGACCUUCCCACCUCCAAUUCAUGCCUCUCUUCAUUCCAAGCCAAGCUCACAAACCUCUCUCUCCCCCCAACCCUCACUUCCAAAUGCCUUGAUCCCCAAACCUAUGUCAACACCACCAACACAUGUGCCAACAUCCAAACCAAACAGGACUGGGUCGAACGGGCCGGGCAUAGUAGCCCACUUGACCUAGCCUGCCGGUUCGACCUCACCAACAACAUCGCUUGCGACGCUUGUGUCCUGGCGGGCUUCCAGGCCCAGUCCCACUUGCUCUCAAUUGAUGGCAAUAGCUCCCAUUCCAAGAGUUGCUUUCAGUACACAGUUCUCUAUGCUGCUGGUGUCAUCAAUCUUGAUGGCCCAAAAAGCAUGGGUGCCCUAACGUGCAUCUUGGGGCUCCCAAUGUCACUACCAAGUGGUUCAAAAUCACGCACCAUGACCUACCAAGCCCUAGUUUACGGCUCGGCCGGUGCCGGUGUUGCGGUUCUAGCCCUAUCGUGUUUGUUGGGCUUGUACUUUUGGUGGAAAAGUUGGGCCAAAUCUGCAAAAGUUUUUUCAAGUUUUGGGUUUGAGGUGGAUGAUCAUGGCGACCGGUGGUGGCGGCCGAAGGCGGGGUCCAUAUGGUACAAAAUCCAAGACCUAGAGAGGGCUACUGAUAAUUUUUCAAUGAAAAACAUGAUUGGGAGAGGACAAUUUGGGGUUGUCUACAAAGGGUCUCUCCCAGAUGGAAGAUUGGUUGCUGUGAAAAGAGUCAUUGAAUCAGAUCUUCAAGGCAAUUCUGAAUUCUACAAUGAAGUUGAGAUCAUUAGUACUCUGAAGCACCGGAACUUGGUUCCGCUCAGAGGCUGUUGCGUAGUGGGCGAAGACAAUGACGAAUUUGGAGAGAGAGAAAGCGAGAGGUACCUCGUUUACGAUUACAUGCCGAAUGGGAACCUCAAUGACCAUUUAUUUCCAUCAUCUCCGCGAAAACCAUUGAGUUGGCCUCAGAGGAAGAACAUAGUUCUUGAUGUGGCAAAGGCUUUGGCUUAUUUGCAUUAUGGUGUCAAGCCUGCAAUAUAUCAUAGAGAUAUUAAGACCACAAACAUACUUUUAGAUGGUGAUAUGAGAGCUAGAGUUGCUGAUUUUGGAUUAGCCAAGCAAAAUAGAGAAGGGCAUUCACAUGUCACGACACGAGUGGCAGGUACACAUGGGUAUUUAGCCCCCGAGUAUGCGCUUUAUGGGCAAUUGACUGAGAAGAGCGAUGUUUACAGCUUCGGGGUGGUGGUUUUGGAGAUAAUGUGCGGAAGGAAGGCCCUUGACUUGUCUUCCUCGGGGACAUCGCGGUCGUUUUUGAUCACAGAUUGGGCGUGGUCGCUUGUGAAGGCAGGGAGGAUAGAAGAGGCGUUUGAAGGUUCAUUGUUGGGAGAUGGGGAAUCAGUGAACAGGAAUCCCAAGGAGAUCAUGGGAAGGUUUGUGCUUGUGGGGAUUUUGUGUGCUCAUGUGAUGGUGGCUUUGAGGCCUACAAUUUUGGAUGCUUUGAAAAUGUUGGAAGGGGACAUUGAGGUUCCAGAAAUCCCAGACCGGCCAAUUUAUGCUGAUGGGAAUGUUUUUAGUGCAUUGCAAGAAUCAAAUAGGCAACUCAGUGCACAAGACUCUCAACACUGCGGAAUCUGGGAUGGGUCAGCUGUACGCAGGCUUACUCUACAUGCGAGGAGUUCCCAAUUACAUACAGAUAAUAACAUGUUUAGAUAAACAAGAAAGCCUGUAAUGUAUAUACUUUGUUUUCUGCGUUGCAGUUUAUAGUGUGUGUGCAUAUAUAUAUAUAUAUAUAUUGUUUUUUGCUUUAUUA